CAGUAGAAUAAAUUAGAGGUUAAGAGUGUACACAACAAAGUACACAUUUGAGUUAGCUGCAGGUGCGUGAGAGUUCUUAGAGCCAUUUCACAAUGCAUACCAUUUUUGUUUCUUGGGUUCUUCUAGGUCUGCUUGCUGCUUGUGCUGGCCGUCAAGCCGAGGCACGAGCUUUCCUCGUGUUCGGAGAUUCAUUGGUGGACAGCGGCAACAACGACUACUUGGCCACCACUGCCAGGGCUGACUCCUACCCGUAUGGCAUAGAUUAUCCUACUCGCCGACCCACCGGUCGUUUUUCGAAUGGCCUUAACAUACCAGAUCUUAUCAGCGAGCAUAUUGGCUCAGAACCCACGUUGCCCUAUUUGAGCCCACAACUCACUGGACAAAACCUACUCGUUGGUGCCAACUUUGCUUCUGCUGGGAUUGGAAUUCUCAAUGACACUGGAUUCCAGUUUCUCAACAUAAUCCGAAUCUACAAACAACUGGAAUACUUUCAGCAAUACCAGACUAGAGUGAGUGCUUUAGUUGGACCUGAGCAGGCUCAGCGACUUGUCAACGAAGCACUUAUUCUGAUUACCCUUGGAGGCAAUGAUUUUGUCAACAACUACUACUUGGUGCCCUUCUCUGCUAGAUCUCGACAAUUCUCUCUCCCGGACUAUGUCGUCUACCUCAUCUCCGAGUACCGCAAAGUUCUAGCGAGGCUGUAUGAAUUAGGAGCUCGUAGGGUUUUGGUGACAGGCACAGGGCCACUAGGGUGCGUUCCAGCAGAGUUGGCUCAGCGCAGCAGAAGAGGCGAAUGUGCGGUGGAGCUGCAGCGAGCUGCUUCCUUAUUUAACCCACAGCUAGCCGAUAUGGUCAACAGCCUGAAUAACCAAAUUGGCUCAGAUGUAUUUAUUUAUGCAGAUGCAUUUCGAAUGCACAUGAAUUUUAUCUCCAAUCCUCAAGCUUAUGGAUUUGUGACUUCAAAGAUAGCUUGCUGUGGCCAAGGACCCUACAAUGGCGUCGGACUCUGCACAAUUGUCUCCAACUUGUGCCCAAAUAGAGAUUUGUACGCGUUUUGGGAUUCAUUCCAUCCUUCUGAGAAGGCAAACAGAAUUAUUGUGCAGAUAAUCCUUACUGGGUCCAACGAGUACAUGAAUCCAAUGAACCUCAGCACUAUUUUGGCCUUGGACUCUAAGACCUAGAACUAGUUCUAGAACUACAAUGGGCGUGUUUGUUUUUCUAUCGUAAAACUUUCUUCAUUUUCUCAAUGUGUCUUCGUUAGUAUUGUCCAUUUAUUAUAAUUUUCCUUAUGUGGUGGAAAACGUUAGUGUGAUAUUGUUAUUUUGAUUUCAGUGGUUCGACUAUUGAAUAAUUUCAAUUUUAAUUAGCUUUGUCUU